CCACCACCACCACCACCACCACAGUCCCACCCCUACCCCCAAGAUGACUAUUCCCGAGAAGGCACCUAUCCCCAUAACCAUUGUAACGGGCUUCCUCGGCUCCGGCAAGACGACGCUCCUCCUAAACCUACUGCCGCAGCUCCUGGCCAAGAACCCCGCCUACAAGCUCGCGCUGCUCAAGAACGAGUUCGGCGAUGUUGCCAUUGACUCGCAGCUCGCCAGCUCGUCGUCCAUCACGGGCGUGCGCGAGCUCCUGAACGGCUGCAUCUGCUGCAACCUCGUGGGGCAGCUGGGGACCGCGCUUCAGGAGCUCGCGGAGCAGGUGCGGCCGGACCGCGUCGUGAUCGAGACGAGCGGCUCGGCGUUCCCGGCUACGUUGGCCAUGGAGGUGAAUCGGCUGGCGAGGGAAACGAAUGGCGGGUAUGUGCUGGAUGGGGUGGUGACGGUUAUCGAUGUGGAGAAUUGGAAGGGCUAUGAGGAUACGAGCUACACGGCGAAGAUCCAGGCGAGGUAUACGGAUCUAGUGGUAUUUAAUAAGUGGGAGCUGUGUGAUGAGAGGCAGUUUGAUACGUGUCUGGACAGGCUGGGGGAUUUGGAGGUUCAGAUUGCGUGGGUGAAGAGUGAUAAGGGGAAAGUGCCGGCGGACCUGAUUUUCGGUAUUGAUGGGGGUUUGGCGAGGAGUCUGGGUCCGGACGCGGCUGGAGGGAUGGUGGAUGGCAAUGAGAACCAUAGCCAUAGCCCCGGCCACGGACACGGGCACAGCCAUGAGAAGGGUCAUCAGAGCGAGGUUGAAGUGCUAUCGAUUACUCUGCACGCGGAAGGUUCCGCGGUAGUAGACACAGAAAAGCUUCUAAAGCUGCUGAAGUCUGCGCCAAAAGAUGAGGUCUACCGCAUAAAAGCAGUUCUUGCUGCUUCUGCAGCACUCCCAUCCUCCGACAGUGAGCCCACCGAGGUAGUAUCACCAGGCCAAAGCGGAAGAUACAUUUUGAACUGGGCAUUUGGGAGAUGGACCUGUACCCCGAUGGCGGCGACGGCCGACGAACACGAAUCCAGCAGCGGCCUAGUUCUGCGCAUGACCAUGAUCCUCGCGCGGUACGAGAGCACGAAGUGGAAGAAGCGGCUAGAGACAGCAGACUUCCUUGAACUGGAAGGCAAUCAGAAAGGUACCCUCCAAGUCGAAAAGAUUGCAUGACCUCCCCAUGAGGAAACGAUAAUGAACCGCUGGGGAGAGUGUCACGAUAUAUAUGAUUACGGGAAAUGAUUUUUAUAUAGACAUUUCGGGAGGGGGCGAAUAACGGAUGGGGCGUGAUAUAUUAUAGACCAUAUAUAUAGAUUGUGCCCUGCGCGGCACCGGGAGCUGAGACCUCCCUCCCUCGAUCCAUCACCUAUCCUGCUAUCCCCCAGCAUAUAUCCAACCAACCUCCGCUACACUACACUAGCUAUAAGUAAGCUAUCAGCAGUGUAUAACUAGCGUGCGUUGACAAAAGCUAGGUAGGAGGACGAGGACGAGGACGAGGACCACUCAACUCAGAGAAUGAUGCAAGCAUUCCAAUAAAGAAGAACUUCCUUUCCUCAAGGACAUAGAUAGACAUCCCAUCUCCUACUUUCUGUCUGCAGGGCCCCGAGACCAAAAGUUAGUCAGUAUUCAAAUGGUAGAAAACCAUCUAGAU